CGUCGCAUGUUUGUUGUUCCUCAUUGUAUGAACUCUGAAACAUAAAUGAGACCGCAACGUCCCAAAGUCGAAGGGUUUCUUCCAUCUUUACGUAUGUUUGACAAAAGGUAGGAGCGAAGGUUUCGUCUUGAAGCUCGUGAGAACAAGUGAGAGUCAACAGUGACGCCAACUGCUGGUAGACCCCGUUUCACGUUUCAUUUCUACUCGACUUUCUUGUCUAUUGGACAUGUCAACAUUCGAAUCCCUCGAUACGUUAGAAACUUUAUUUGAAGAACGUAAUUCUAUUGAAGAGUUCGCAAAACACGCCUUGUCGUCGGUAGCAUAGUAGUUGGAGCUGCAAUCCAGACGUUUCUGGUGAUUCGAGAAACGAUCUGAAACAUAAUUGUGUUGUUGCUGACUAUUGUUCACGAUGAACAAUUCAGCGAACAGCAUUCCUAAUAAUAGAGCAGCCACAGAAAAAACAAAUCACUUUCCUUGGAAACUAUAUGAUAUGCUGCACACAGCCGAAAAGCGAAACGAGGAGCAUAUCAUUUCAUGGAUUAGAGACGGAAAGGCCUUUAAAGUUCACAAGCGUGAUCAAUUCAUAGAAGAGUACAUGAAGAAGAUAUUCAAUCAGACAAAGUUCAAAUCUUUUCAGAGACAACUCAACUUGUGGGGAUUUCAACGAGUUCAGAUUGGACCCGACAAAGGGAGUUAUUUCCACCCCUUAUUUGUGAGAGGAAGAAGAGAUUGCUGUCAGCAUUUGAGCCGUGCGAAAUUAAAAGGAACAGCCGAGAAGUUGACACACGCAGGCAUACUAGAGAAGCAAGAACCACAAAAUAGUCCUUAUUCGAUGGCAACGACAACGGCAGAAUCUCUUUCUACGACGGGUGCUGCGAUUCUUCCACUUGCAGUAGCUACACCAUCAAUUGUUGAAGGUAACUGCAACACAGUUUCACCUGCAUCUUUGUUAGGGGCUUUUGUUAAUUUUUCGCGACCCGCAAGUGCUACUGCGAUCGAACAUACUGUCCAGGGACAUUCACUUCAAACACAGCUUUCAGAGUUUUUGCAUUAUCAUACAAGCGAACGGAGGAAGGAAAUAAUAAGAAAGGCAGCCAUCAGCUUGAGUCCAGAACUUUCAGUAACCGUCGUGGGUUCACCUGUAUUUGCAAUCGCUACUGAUACAUCAAAACAAAAUCCUAGAAGCGAGUACCAACAAAAAUAUCAUAAUGACUACACGCAUGAGCAACAGGAGAAGCAAAGUCGAAUACCCCCUCGACAACCAAAGAUAGAGGUAUCAACGGGCGAUCACCAACAAAAAGAUGAAAAGGAGUCGUUAAAUUUUCAACAAGGGCGAACGAAGUUCGAUCGUCAGUCAAAAAUUGAAUGCCAGGGACAAAAGUCACGGAAGAGAGUGACAUCAAGCGGCUUAGAAGCCUUGUUGGCUGUGACUGCGCAGCGGCGACGAGAAGAAGAAAUGGCCCUCUUGCUGGGCAUUCCUGACGGAGAGGACACACCGCGCACGAAGUGACCUACUUUUGCCCGAGGUAUGGAAAGGGGGUGACAAAUGGCUACGUUGCGAAUGCCCACAUUUUAUACUACAUUUUUGAAUAGUAAGAGUACAUUUUUCGCGAACCAGUACCAAUUACGACCAAUAAAUGCGUCGUCAAAUG